UGAAGUUAAUCUGAAUAAGAUAAAUACAUCCUUUUUAGUGUUAAUCAACGAACCCCACUGCUUGCAAUCUCUGCUGCUUUGGGAAGAUUUAUUCAGCAUCUGGAGAGAAAUCGGGCUUUAGCCCCACGUCAGAAGGGCCUAUGUGUAACUGAAUGCAUGGUACCAAAAUGCUUUAAUGAAAUAUAUUGCAGCAGUGACUGAAUCUUAAAAGUAGGAAGCACAACAGGAAGUUGGUACAUGACAAACACCCACAACAGCAACGUGGCGAUAAUCAGAUAUGGAAGACCAUUUUUCUACACAUAGCAAGAGAAUACUUCAUGCAUUGAAUAAACAACGGGAAGAUGGUAAAUUUUGUGAUGUUACACUGGACCUAGGUGGCCAUUACUUAAACGCGCACCGUAGUAUCCUGGCAUGUUGCAGUAAUUUCUUCCACAAUAUCUAUGGAGCUGGCACAUCUGCUGAAAUCAAUCUUCCUGAUAGUUGCACUGGUGUCUUGGGCCUUCUGUUUGACUUUAUAUACACAGGUGAGCUUCAGUUGACCCAAACAAAUGUCUCGGAAGUGCUCUGUGCAGCGGAACUCCUUUCAAUUCCUGAUGCUAUUCAGGCUUGUCACCAUUAUCAGCAGAAAUAUGUUGAAAAUGAGAGAAGGAAUGAAGAAACCUCAUGCAGCCAAGCAACCACUGAAGAUAGAUCUGUGAAGGUACCAUUAGAAGCUACAAAACAGAGUGGAAAUGUUGGAGUUCCUGCUAAACAAAUCACAGUCACACAAAUAAGACAUUUUGACAGGAAGAGCAACAGAUGCAAUGAUAAACGAACACUCAACUUGCUUACUGAGAAGCAGAAAGAUAAAAUAAGAACCUUUGCUAUUAAGAAAAGGUCUAGAGAAUCUUUGAUCUCCCAUGAAAACCAAAACUGUAAUCAGGCAAAGGGCAAGGGAGGUGGCUUACGAGACAAUGAUGAGGAGAACAAUCAUGAGAGCACCAACGGGAACAGCAACGCUGCAAUGGACGUGGACCUGGUUAAAGUCGAAGAGGAUGACAAGGAUGAAGAUAUGAAUGAUAGAGGAGAACUAGACCAUGACUACAUUCCAGCCAGGCACAUUUGUAAGAAACAGAGAAAAGACCCCAUGCAAGGACUGGACAGACAGAAACUCAAAGCCUCAGAACUAGCAAACAGAAGGAGUGAACCUGCGGAGUGUCCAACUUGUCAUAAGAAGUUUCUCAGCAAGUAUUACCUCAAAGUUCACAACAGGAAACAUACAGGAGAGAAACCAUUUAAAUGCACCAAGUGUGGAAAGUGUUACUUCAGGAAAGAAAACUUACUUAAACAUGAGGCUAGGAACUGCGUGACCAGGACAGGCGUGACUUACACUUGUCAUGAGUGUAACAAGACAUUUAAAGGGCGGAUGGAGUUAAGGAACCAUCUGGUAUCUCACACGGGUGAAAUGCCCUUCAAGUGCCCCUCAUGUACUCAGCAGUUCAUGCAGAAAAAAGACCUGCAGAUUCACAUGAUCAAAUCUCAUGGAGCUCCCAAACCAUAUCCGUGCCCCACUUGCUCCAAAUGUUUCCUCACCCGCAGUGACCUACAUGUGCAUGAAUUGUCCAGGCACCAGAGGGAGAAGCUGUUUGUGUGUGAGGAAUGUGGUCAUAGAGCUUCCACUCGUCAUGGCCUGCAGUUGCAUAUAAAAUCCAAGCACAGGAAUGAGCGGCCAUACAUUUGUGAAUUCUGCAACCGUGGAUUUACACAGAAGGGGAACCUGAACGUCCAUCGACGGACACAUACGGGCGAGAAGCCCUUCCAAUGCCAUUUAUGUGGGAAAACCUUCAGGAUUCAAGCGAGCUUGGACAAACACAACAGGACUCACACAGGUGAACGGCCAUUCAGCUGUCAGGUCUGUAGCCAGACCUUUACAGAGAGGGGUCCUCUCCAUCGUCACAUGGCCAGCAAACAUCAGGAAGGGCGGCCACAUUACUGCAAUAUCUGUGGCAAAACUUUUAAAGCCAUUGAUCAGUUGCGUGUACAUGUGGGGAGGCACAAAGGGGUGAGGAAGUUUGAGUGCAGUGAAUGUGGCUAUAAAUUCACUCGACAGGCUCACCUGAGGCGACACAUGGAGAUUCAUGGGCGGGUAGAAAAUUACAACCCCCGCCAGCGAAGGUUACGCAACCUGAUCAUCACAGAUGAGAAAGAGGAAAGUGCAGAGAGUGACACAAACACAGCAACACGGACAGCCAGCCUACCAGACCAGGUCCUAUCCACCACAGCCACAAAGACUACUCAGUGCACUGAAACCCCAGAACUCUUAUCUCAUAGGUUCACAGGCAUUGGGAGUUAUCACCUGCAAGAGAAUGUGGAGCUGUCCAUUGGUAUGACAGACAUGUACGUUGAAGAGGUCACCAUAGUCAAGAUAUAAAAGAACCUAUUGCCUGAAAAUGGGGUCAGAACCUCAAACAAAUAAUUGACUCUUGCUUUGUAAAAUAUAUAAAAUAAAGUGGAGUUUCUAAGUAGUCACUGAUCAACACAACCUUCCCUGUAUAUUUUGUCCACUCAGCCCCUCCCCCGAAUUGGCUAUGUAACCCCAACUUGCAAUGUAUAGUGAGGAGGGAGUACUGCCUUUUCCCAAGUACCAUUUAUCAGGUGAAACAUUAACACAGACGCUCAGAGAUUUUGAAGAUACGUUGUAAUAUGGAUAAUGAUGGGAUAAUGUAGGGGGAGGGGCUUAGAUUAGUUCACAGGUCGGCACAACAUCGAGGGCCGAAAGGCCUGUUCUGCGCUGUAUUGUUCUAUGUAAUUAUUCAAAAAUGAGCAGUGGUGGCUUUUCUGGGCCUAGCCCACAUUCCCUGUUUAACCAGAAUUUCAACAAGCACAGAACUGCUCAUCUAGCAAAUCGUGAAAUAUUGCUGUGUGAAAAGACAAAUUGGAAUUUUUAAAAAAGUGCCUUUCAUGUCUUCAGGACAUUGCAAAGCACUUCAAAUUAAGUCACUGUCAUAGGGAAGCAAUCAUCCAGUGCGCACAACAAGAUCCCAAAAACUGCAAUGUGUUAAUGACCUGGUUUUUAAAAUUUCUUUAAUGGGGUGUGGAUAUCACAGGUAAGGCCAGCAUUUGUUACCCAUCAAUAAUUACUUUAAAGAAGGUGGUGGUGUACGGCCUUUUGAACCAUUGUGGUCCAUCUAAUAAUGCAAGUACACUUAAAGCACUUGUUUCAAAGAGAAUGCCAGGAUUUUAAUAUCCACAGUAAACAAGGAGCUACAUUGUUCCAAGUCAGGAUAAUUGCAGGUGUGGUAUUCCCAUGUACCUGCUGCCCUUGUCCUUCUUGGUGGUCAAGAUCAUGGGUUUGCAAAGUGCUGUUGGAGGAAGCUUGGGGAGUUGCUACAGUGCAACCUGUUCAUGGCACAUGCCAUUAUAAAUGUGUAUUAGCAGCAGAGGGAAUGAAUGGGGUGCUAAUCAAGGGGCUGAUUUUUCCUGGAUGGUGUCAAACUUUUGAGUGUUGUUGAAGUCACAUCCAUACAGGCAAAUGGAUACUAUUUCAUCACUCUCUUCAGUGGAUUCUCUCUCUCUCUCUCUCGUUGGAGAGAGUCACGGCCUAGUGCUUGCAUGAUGCAAAUGCUAUUGCCAUUUUGGCGUAGAUCAGGAAGAUUGUUAUACCAGCCAUAUCUCACUCCAGACACUGUCCAGGAAGAACAUUUCCAAAUUUUCUGGGUAGCUUGUACUUUACAGAUGCAACCCACAAUCUGCAAAGAGUCAGGUGUAUUGAACCUAACUGGAAUAAUAUGAUUCCAAAGUUUGACAUACAAUUUAGUUGUAGAGCUGUACAGCAUGGAAAUAGACCCUUUGGUCCAACACAACAUGCCAACCAGAUGUCCUAAAUUAAUCUAAUCCCAUUUUCCAGCAUUUGGCCCAUAUACUUGUAAAACCUUAUUUAUCAGAUCAAGCUCAAGUAUAGUGUAGAUCUUGCUGCCUCUGGGUGUGAACUGCUUCAUUAUUGAACAGCUGCAAAUGAUAUUGGACAGUGUGCAAUUAUCUUUGAACAUUUCCAAUUCUGCACCUUAUGAUGGAAGGAAGGACACUUGAGAAUGAAGCUGAAGAUAUUUGGGUCUAGAACAGUACCUGUAAAAGAACUAUGUAGGCUCUUGUGAUAGAGUGAUAAUGACCCUACCUCUGAUGCCUAAGGCCUGGGUUCAAGUCCCAUCUGCUCCAAAGAUGUGUAAUAACAUCUCUGAACAGGGUGACUAGAAAAUAUCUAUGUUAAGGAACUCCUGCAGUGAUGUCCUUGGAUCAAGAUUAAUCUCAAAACAAUCACUACUACCUUCCUUGUGUUGGACAACGUCAUCAACCAGUGGAGAAAAUUAGCCCUUUCUCCUUAUCCCCAUGCAGUGUCAACAUUGGAAAAGUACUCCAUAAAAGGCAGGCAAACCUGUUCUUUCUUGGUCUGGCCUACACGUUGACCCGUUUGCCUUUACGUGGCCUAACAAGUUACUAGGUUCAAAAGUAAUUAGGGAUAGGUGAGGAAUUCUUAUGUGGGCAUUGUUUUCUUUCAUUGGGCUUGCCAGCAAACUUAACUGCAGGGUGACACCUCAAGAUUCAGCCAGAUAACAACCAUACUGACAUUGUGGGUGUCACUGCCAUCUACUGAUCACGUACUCAACCUGCAAAACAAUAAUACAGAAAGAUAGCAUUAGAACAUGAAAUCCUGGAUAUCUGGUAGUAUCUAUGGAGAGAUGAGAAUUAACUUCUGAUUGAUUACAAUAAAAAAAAUUGGAAUAGAGCUUUAAAGAUGAAUAUUGCUGGCUUUUGAAUUAAACACUAAAGACAAAAGCAAAAUUACUGCAUAUUGUGGAAAACCAAAAAAAAAACCAGCAGAAGAAAUCCUAGAUACAUGCAUACAUACAGGUGUAUUCAUUCAGCAUUUUUAUUCAAGAAUAUAGUAUCUCUUAAUGCAGCUGAAUACUCAAAUGGUAAAGCAAUAGACAAACAACGAAAAAGAGGCUGGAUUGAGAUAUAGAAGUAAUGGCAAAUUUGUCUGGCAAAGUUAUUGACAGAAAUUAUAGGGUGUUCGAAAAAAAGUUUGUAGAUCCCUGCAGGAAGUUAUUAUUCUGACCAGAAGUUUACUGUCCACGUGGAAAAAAAAACACAACUUUCUCCAUUUCCCCUCCAUUCCACAGGUCACAAGCAACCUCCUAGAGCCUCAAUCAAAGUUUCACCUUCAUUGGAAGGAGAGCGUGCCAUCGGACAUCAAUGCAGCCCAAGCCUGUUUCCAGCAUCUAAAUAAGUGACAGA